AUGUCUACACUACCACAACCGUCCAGGCCCGCCGCUGGCCCGCCCAUCGGGGCGCUUCCCCAAUUGCCUGCCCCGAAAUCGCGAAAGAGUAUGCCUGCCUCAUCAGACUCCUCACGGGCGGUCUCUCCACACAAGUUGCGCACUCCCUCUAGUCCAAGACCAGCACUCAAAUCGCCGCUCUCCAACUCUACCACCAAUAUUAGCUCCACCAGAUCAGCGUCGGGGGCCAGGGUGCCCAGUAGUCCAGAGAAGUCCCUACGAAGAACGAUCAGCAUCGCUGCGUUUCCGCAACCUCCACGGCCCGGAAGCCGCCCUGGUACCGCGUCCUCAAUGAACGGCCCGGGUCUACAGUCGUCUGGAAGCGUCAAGUCGAAGAGGGGUUCCAGACCAAGCAUGGGGGCCAUCAGCCAAAGAAGUUCAAAGACGCACUCUUUGCUCAGUGCUGGUGGUGACGCUAAAUCGAUCUCACACGCCGAUUUGGAGGGUUCGCCCUCCCAAAGCAGAAGUUCCUCGGCUGAAGGUUCAUAUUCAACAAGUGCCACCACCUUCGAAGAUGGCGAUGAUUCAGCCGGAUCGAAAUCAAAUGCGAAAUCCAAAGAGAUAAAGGGCAACGUCAUCGUAAGCGUCAGGGUACGUCCAAACGUCAAUGGUGAAGGUUCAGCCAAUUCCGAGUGGGUUGUAGAUGCUCGCCGAGGUCUACUUGCUUAUAAUGGGAAGGAAGGCGGCGAUUACUAUUACGAUAACCUCUUCUCGGCUCACGAAAACAAUGCCCGGGUAUAUGAUUCUGCUGCCAAACGCCUGGUAAGAAGGGUAAUGGAAGGGUACCAUGGUACUGUUUUUGCGUAUGGUAUGACGGGAACUGGCAAAACCUUUUCUAUGCAAGGUACUGCGACGUCUCCCGGAGUAAUACCUCUGGCCAUUACCGAUAUAUUCUCCUUUAUCAGAGAAACCCCUCAUCGAGAAUUCCUACUUCGCGUCAGCUACCUGGAGAUCUACAACGAAAAGAUUCACGACCUUCUUUCGGCGUCUAUCGGACCCACUAAUGGCCCGCAAGAGGAAAUCAAGCUGCGAGAGGACAGUAAACGGGGCGUUUACGCAACCCCUCUAAAGGAAGAAAUUGUGCAAAGCCCCACACAGCUUCUCCGCGUUAUUGCAAGAGGUGACCAUGCGAGGAGGACGGGUAGCACUCAAUUCAACGCUCGCAGCUCCCGAAGUCACGCAGUGGUUCAAAUAGUGGUCGAGAGUCGAGAGCGAGUUCCUACAGGGACAACGCAGGACAGGAGAUCCGGUCUAGCCCCCGGUGGAGUCCGAGUAUCGACUCUAAGCCUGAUUGAUCUUGCAGGGUCAGAGCGAGCCGCUGAUGACAAGGAGCGACGCACCGAAGGUGCACAUAUCAACAAGAGUCUUCUUACCUUGGGAAACAUCAUCUCCAGACUCUCGGAGACAAAGGACAGUCCCUCAGAGACAAAGGACAAACACUUGCCUUAUCGUGACAGCAAGCUCACGAGAUUGCUGCAGCCCGCAUUGUCCGGUAAUUCGCUUGUCAGUAUUCUUUGUACUGUCCAAUUGGGCAGUUCGGUCAAUUCAAACUCUGGAGAAACCCUGAAUACCCUAAAGUUUGCCGCCCGAGCCAAGAACAAUAUUGUCAGCCACGCCAAACGAGCAGAUGAAGCGUUUGGCGGAGGUGGUGGUGACGCGGGCAGCCGUGUCCUGCUCGAGCGCUAUCGGAUGGAGAUACAAGCUCUGCGCGGCCAGCUCGAGAGUCAAACAAAGGUUCAGGCCGAAAAGGAGAUGAAAUUAGAAGAGCAAAAGCUCGAGCAGGAAGCUCACGAACGACACGAAGAACAGAUGCUGGAAAUGCAGCUAGCUCGAACUGCUCUAAAGGAACGUAUAGAGCAUCUGAAUCGCCUUAUUUUAUGCUCAAAGUCCACAGGUGUCAAUACUCAAGGCACUAUUUCUGCCCUUGGUCGGUUAUCGAGGAUGUCUUCCAUACUCGACCCCGGUUCUCGCUCCCUACGUUCUUCGGUCAGUCAAUCCACGCUCAACAUUCAUCGGCCGGUUUCCUUCCUCUCCGUCAACAGCCAGGACAUGAAUUUACCUCUUGGUAAUGAGGACGACGAGGAUAUGAUGGGCGAAUUUGCAGAUGGGAAAGCAAGCGCUCAGAGACAAAUCUCGGCUCUUCAGGCGGACCUCAAUGACAAAAAUCGUUAUAUCGCAACGUUGGAAAGACGCCUACUUCAAGCCCGACGAUCCAGCCACUCGCGCAUGUCCAUGGGCAUCAAGUCGGGCGGGUCCCAUGAUAAUUCUGAGCUCAUGGCCCAGCUACGAGAAAAGGAUAUGGAAAUUAACGAACUUCGGCUUCAGCUUGACGACAAGGAUCGGAUGCUGACAGCGCUUCGUUCUGCUGCUCGUCACCGGGACCUAGCCCAGCUCUCCAUCGAGACACAGACUCCAUCACCUACCCAAACUUCGGUGCCUCCUACACAAACCCCAGCUCAAACUCAACAGUCGGCGGGCAAUGCUUCCCCGGGUGCGGCUCCCAAAGUAUCUGCUGGCCCUGCAGAGAUAGAAACGACUGUGAAAAGGAGGAGCAUGGACGAGGUAUCGCGCAUUCUCGACGAGAUGAUCCAGGAUCGAGUGGAAAGCGGACAUUUGAUCAAGGGCUCACGCGGAAGUGUCCGAGUAGCGCCAGAAAGCCGACGAACGUCAGAAUCAAAUCCAACCGUUCCUGGUCUCAGCGCGGUAACGGCAUGCGCAUCACCUCCCCCUUCUCAUCCUCUUCCCCCUCCUCCUCCGGUUCAUCCACGUCAGAGUCUGGACGUCUAA